CUCCUAACCUCUCUUUUAAAACCAGGCUUUGCAACCAUUUUAUAAAAGCUAAGAAAUACACAACACACUAUUAAAAUUUUUAUAAAACAUGGAUCACAAAGCCUCUUCUCUCCUUUCCUUGGCGGUUUUCUUCCUCCUCUUCAUCUCCUCUGCAACCGCCUUCAACAUCACCAAGCUCCUCGGUACGUUCCCGGAAUUCAGCAACCUCAACAGUCUCUUACUUCAAAACAAACUCAACGAUGAGAUCAACAGCCGCAGAACCAUCACCGUCCUCGCCGUCGAUAACAGCGCUCUCUCUUCUCUUUCCGGGAAGCCAAACGACCUCAUCAAGAAAGUGUUGAGCGCUCACGUAAUCCUCGAUUACUACGACGUCGAGAAAUUGACGAAGGCUGGAACCUCCAACAAGACGACGAUGCUGACGACGCUUUUUCAGGCCUCCGGUCAAGCGGUCGCUCAGGAAGGUUUCAUCAAUGUAGGUUUGAUUAACGAGGGCGAGAUCGCUUUCGGAUCGGCGGUUAAGGGCGCGAAUCUUGAUUCGAAGCUCGUGAAAUCUGUGGCCGCUCAGCCUUUUAAUAUCUCUGUUCUUCAAAUCACUAAACCGAUUGCCAUUCCUGGAAUCGACUCUUCUGCCUCUCAGAGUCCCUCUUCUGCUCCUGUUCCAGCUCCCAAGAGUGCUCCUCCAGCGAAAUCUCCAGUUCCGUCUACUCCUAAGAAGGCUCCGGCAGCUGCUCCUGUCCCGGCGAAGUCCAAAGCUCCUGCACCUUCAGCCGAAACUCCGGUGGCUGAGUCGCCUGCUGAUACUCCGGUUGAGGCACCGGAGAGCGAUGCACCAUCUGCUGAUGCGCCGACGAGCGAUGCACCGGUGAGUGAUGCACCGAGCGAUGCCCCGGGGCCAGCAGGCUCCGACGUUGCUGAUGGACCGAAAAAAUCAGGUGGUUCUCGAACCGAGAUGAUGGUGGGUGCUGCUGGGGUUUUGACGGCUUUGGUAUCUUACUUUGUGGCUUUGUAAUAUUGCUAUUUUUUCCUUUUUUUUUAAUAAAUAAGUUGGAUUAUAAUGCGUAAAAUGGAGAAGGAAUGAAGAAAACGAAUAAGAAGAAGAAGAAGAUCAUGAUUAGCAGAUAAUCGGGCGGGAAAAUGAGGGUAAAUUGAAUUGGGUUGAAAUGUGUGAAUUUGAUUGUUUAAAAAAAAAAAAAAAGGGACAAAUUUGAAUUUUGCAAAUGUUAUAUAUCAUUAUCAUACACCCAAUUAAUAUUUCUACGUAUAUAAAUAUAUCUUAUGUAUGAUAUUAUGAUUCAUUUCAUAAACUAACUUCGAAUUCUGUAGUGGCCAUUUUAUAAUAUGGGUUGAUUUGAAUAUUCAAA